AGUGGGCCUCGACACCUUCUUUCUUCUUCCCCAUCACCAGCCUCCACCAUAAGACUCGGACAAGACUCGAACCAACCGAGUGUCCUUUGGUGCCUUUGUCUAUCUGCCCACACCCCGGCCUUUGUUCCUUUUCUACGCCUGUCCCAUUCUCACCUGCUCCCUCUGCCUCCGCCAUCCUCAACACCAUGGCUGCACCAUCACCAGACAUCGCUGCAAUACUCGCGGCCUUGGCGGCGCGUCCGCCUACCACUACACCUUCGCAAACUCCCCAGCCAGCACCCCCAUCGCAGAUGCCGCCUGGCUUCCCGGGCGUCUUACCACAGAGCGCUCCUCCGGCCAUGCCCGGCUACAGUCUCCCCCAACCCACACAUUCUGGUAGUCUUGAUCUGAGUUCCAUCAAGCCCGCCAGCUCGGGCUCCGUGAGCAUACAGGAUGCACUUGCCAAAGCGCGUGGCUUUGCGGCGCAAAAGGGCCUUAGUUAUGACCCGCGUCCAGCUCAUUCUGAAGAUCCGCGUCUGCGCGGUCGUGAUUAUGGAGGCCCUACCCGCUCCCGAUCACGAUCGCCCUCGCGCCGUGAUAAUGCUCGUGAUAGUCACAACCCAUAUCGAGAAGAACGUCGUGGUGGCAGUGGUGGCUAUAGGGAUCGCUCCCGCUCUCCUAGACGCAACCAAUAUUCUCCCCAACCUCGUGCCUAUGGUGGACGUGACCGCUCCCCGCCUCCCAAUGACAAUUCGGAAGUGAUCUUGAUUGAUUCGUCUUUGGUUGGUCUAGUCAUAGGGCGGCAAGGUGAAAGCCUGCGCCGUAUCGAACAGGAAUCCGGUACUCGUAUUCAAUUCAUCAACGGCCCCAACACUGGUCCCACACGUGAAUGCCGCAUCACCGGCAGUCCUAGUGCCCGUAUCACUGCGAAGCGCGAAAUCAAUCGCAUCAUUGAAGAGAAUGGCGGCAACCCCGCCCGUGAAACUGGCCGCAACGCCCGUAGUAGCGUGAAACCAGGCCAACAACUGCCUGCUCUGCGUGAUGGCGAGCAGUCGUCCCAAAUCAUGGUCCCUGAUCGUACUGUCGGCUUAAUCAUUGGCCGCGGUGGUGAAACUAUCCGUGAUCUCCAAGAACGCAGUGGAUGUCACGUUAAUAUUGUUGGUGAAAACAAGAGUAUGAACGGUCUGCGCCCUGUUAACUUGAUCGGAAGUCCUGCUGCUGCUGCUCUUGCCAAAGAACUCAUCAUGGAAAUUGUCGACAGUGAUCAACAAGGCACUGAUGGUGGCCAAGCCAAAGCAAAUGCGCCUCCCGCUAAGCGUGACAAUUUUGAUCCGUAUAAUGGUGGAGGUGCGGGCAAAGUCAACGACAGCAUGCUGGUGCCCUCGGAUGCUGUUGGGAUGAUUAUCGGAAAAGGAGGUGAGACCAUCAAAGAGAUGCAAGCAACGACUGGAUGUAAGAUCAAUGUGAAUCAACCCUCUGGUGCAGACAUUGAACGUGAGAUUGGUCUUGUUGGAACCCCACAAGCUAUCAACGAUGCCAAAAACGCCAUCUGGGAAAAAGUGGACCAAGUGAGAGAGAAGAACAACCAGAGACGAACUGGCGGUGGCGGCCGUGAUCAUGUGAACCAGAACGAUAACUACUCACAGCAACCUAGUUACGGCCAGGCUGCCGCUCAACCCAGUGCAGCCCAGCAGCCUCAACAAGGAGAUGCUGCCGCAGCUGACCCCUAUGCCAUCUACGGCGGUUAUCAAAAUUACCUUGCUAUGUGGUAUUCAUCCGUCGCAUAUAACCAGGGAGCACAACAACAACCCGGCCAAGCUGAUCAGCGUCCACCGGGCGCAUAG